GUGUUUGAAGCGCGUUCCCGAGGAAUCACUGGUGUAGUUGGUGCUAUCGAUGGCUGCCAUAUAGCCAUAAGACAGCCGAUAAGGAAUCCUAUCGAUUUCUAUAAUCGAAAAGGGUUUCAUUCCAUAGAACUACAAGGUGUUUGUGAUGAGAGGGGUGUGUUUACAGAUGUAAACAUAGUAGACCUAGAUGGAUGCAUGAUGCUCGUGUGUUUCGGAUGAGUGAAAUUUAUGAUUGUUUAACUCGAGCGGAUCCAAUUUUGCCACCGAAUAUGCAUCUCAUUGGAGAUUUAGCAUACCCCCUUCUGAUGAACUUGAUGAAACCAUAUCAGAACAAUGGACAUUUACUACCAGUUCAAGUAAAUUUUAAUAACAAAUUAAGUUCCAUUCGUUCUGUUAUCGAAAGAGCAUUCGGACUACUAAAAUGUAAAUUCAGAAGAUUGAAAUUUCUUGAUACAGACACAAGUCAAAUGGCGAACCGUAUCGUGCUUGCAGCUUGUGUUUUGCACAAUUUUAUUAUAUUAGAAGGCAAUGUUCCGGAUGAAUAUAAUGUUGAGAAUAAUAUAGUAAAUAAUGAAGGUGACGAUGUAGAAAUUAAUGAUGUAAUGGUUGGUGGAGCAGAUCAAAAAAGAAGAGACAUAGCUCAACAGUGUGAUAUGGAAAAUAAUUAAUAUUUAAUACAGUCCGUACAAUAUAGAUACCGCUACAUGUCAUCGGUUCAUCGUUGCAAAUAUUAAUUUGUUUUGUUGUAUAAUGCACUUCGCAAUAAUUAUGUGAUAUAUUUGAUUUAAGAUGAAUUCAAGAAUUUUUUAUAAUUGGGCAACAAUGCCAAC